AUGACAAAACCGGAAAAGUGUGCUUUAGUGAUUGUGAUAAUUAUCGGAUUUUUCACUAGUUUAACCGAAAGUGUUGAUAACUUGCCGGCAAAUGGUGACUUGUCUAAAUUUUUUCCACUCACGCUGAUUCAUAACAAUGAUUUUCAUGCAAGAUACGAGGAAACAAACCUCAAAUCCAAGGCCUGUUCUGCAAGUGACAAACAGCAAAACAAGUGCAUUGCCGGAAUUGCAAGACUGCAAACCGUGAUACAAGAUCUUCGCAAGCAAUACGCUAGCAAAAACGCCCUGUACCUCAACAUUGGCGACAACUACCAGGGAACGCUGUGGUACAAUCUGCUCCGCUGGAAGGUAACCGCUCAUUUCGUGAAGCUUCUGAAGCCUGACGCGAUGACUUUGGGGAAUCACGAGUUCGAUCACAGACCGGAAGGGUUGCGGCCUUACUUGAAAGUUUUGAGGGAAGCUGGAAUUCGCACGGUUGUUGCGAAUUUGGAGCUGAAUGGUGAACCAAAUUUGAAGGCUUUGCCGAAGAGUAUAACGAUUAAGGUUCAGAAUAGGUGGAUUGGGUUGAUUGGUGUACUUUAUGAUAAAACUCACGAAAUAGCAAUGACCGGAAAAGUCACACUAUCAAACGCAGUGCAAGCAGUGAAGGCAGAGGCUUCCAGAUUGAAGGCAAAGGGCAUUCAAAUCAUAGUCGUUAUGUCUCACUGCAGCUUUGAAGAGGAUAAAAAGAUCGCUGCCCAAGCUGGAGACGAUAUCGACGUGAUCGUUGGAGCUCAUUCGCACUCGUUCUUGUACUCCAGGGAAUCUGGGAAGCCUUACGAUAAAGGAGACACCAUUGAGGGAGAUUAUCCGCAAGUUGUGAACAGCAGUAGCAGUGGAAGAAGUAUUCCAAUCGUUCAAGCGAAAGCAUUCGGAAAGUAUGUCGGACGCUUAACACUAUACUUUGACAAGCAAGGUGAGGUUAAACACUGGGAAGGUUAUCCAGUGUUUGUGGACAAUUCGAUCAAACCAGAUGAAACGAUCCUCCAAGAGUUGAUCCCAUGGCGUCAAAAAGUUGUGAAACUUGGCUCCACCGAGAUUGGUUCCACAGAAAUUCAUUUGGACCGUGAGUCGUGUCGAAAGCAGGAAUGCACUUUGGGAAUAUUAAUGGCUGACUCUUUUGUUGAUGCAUUCACAAAUGCUUCUUUCAAGCCGCUUGCAAUGAUUCAGGCUGGAAAUUUCAGGAAUCCCAUCCCCGUUGGAAAAAUCACCAACGGUGACGUCAUCGAAGCUGCUCCGUACGGUUCAACGGCCGACAUGGUCAAACUAAAGGGAGAAGAUAUAAUGAACAUGGUGGAGCACUCGUUCACGCUGGACGACGAAAGUCGAACAAAUUGUUUGCAAACUUCGGGAUUCAACGUUGUGGUUGACUUGAAGAAAACCUUUAAUAACAGGAUUUUGAAAAUAGAAGCUAGAAACUAUGCCAACCCGAAAAGUGAUGCUAUGGAACUGCUAGAUCCGGAGAAGUUUUACUACGUGGUUACAACAGGUUAUCUCGCAAAUGGGAAAGAUGGAUUCGUUUGGAUGAAGAAUGCUGUGGGAAGAUGGACUGGACCUUUGGACUCCGAUGCGCUGACAAACUACGUGAAGAAGAUUAAAAACGUCAAUUCAAAGAAUUUGAAAAUGAAUCGUCUAAAAAUAUGUGGAAUCGAUUAUAAAGGAGCAGCGUGUUCUUCUUAA